GCAGGGUUAUAAAUAACACGUGACGUGACUUAAAUAUUUUAGAGACGGACAUGAGGGAUUCGUUGACAAAUGGGUUUGCCUUGUUUGCUAAUCUUGGAAUAGGUGUAGCCUGGGGUCCUGUACAACUUAUGUCUCUAGAAUUAUACCCCACUGUUGUCAGAAGUAUCGGUUAUGGAUUCCUGAACACCUUUGCAAGAAUAGGAGCAGUAAUCGGACCACAACUUGCCUAUCUGGAUACACGUAUACCUGGAGUGAUGUAUUUCGUCUGCUGCGGUGUGUGUGUUUGUUGUAUUAUAGCAUCUUUACUUCUGCCAGAAUCACGAGGAGCAGAUCUUGAUGAUAAAAUUACACAUAAAAAGUAAAUUAACUGUUUGGUUUUAAAUAUGCUGCUAGGAAGGACGUUUCACUAUCAACGCCAUGAUCUGGAUUUGCAUUGAUUACGUUACAUUAUAUGAAAUAUUUUUGUGACAAUGUUAUUUAAUAGAACAGAAAUUUCAUUAUAUAUACACUAUAGAACUAUAAAACUGCUUAAGAUAAAUUUUAUUAUUUCAAAUUUAACAAAACAAAAUAAAAGUCUGCGAGGCUAUAGUUAUAUUCGUACUUGCUGUCGAAUUGUACAAGCAACUAUACGAUUUCAGAAUAUUGUACAUAAUGCAAGAUAAAAUAAACAUU